AUGGGAGGAUCUCCGCCUCUCGACUCCGCUACGGAGCCGCCCCGUACUGAUCAGAGGUCGGGCUACGCAGCUUCGGCUUUACGUUGGAUUUUUCUCAGUCUCUUCCCCGUGAUGGAGAGCUUUGAUGACGUUCCUCUGAUUGGAACAGUCGACCGCGAGCUCCCGUUCCACGAUGACCACUAUUCAGUGCCAUCCGCCGACCUUUCGGACGACACUGCGGGCACACCGCAAGCAACGAACUCGAAGACCUCCUCUGGGAUAGAACAUGUUGAUGCUGGGUCUGUCGACGAUGAGUCUGCUUUGGGAUUCCCCCCUUUGCCUUAUGACUCCUCCGGGGCUCGAAUUGAGGAUGAGGAGCCACAGGUAGCGACAUCUUUUGAGCGAGAGGCCCCAUCCGCCUCUGCGCAAAAACAUCGAUCGAGUUCAGACAACUCGGAGGAUGAAGGGAUCGGACGCAUGCACAAAUUUACCCUCUACGAGACCGCAACCCGAUUCUACAUAGUCGGGAUCAACCUUGCGGAGACGCGUUUCCGGAUUUUGAAAAUCGAUCGGACCUCUGACUCCGGGGAGCUGAGCAUUACCGAGGACGACAUGGUGUACAACAAAAGAGAGAUGGUUCAGUUGCUGGAUGCUAUUGACGAUGGCAACAAGAGCUCUGGCGGGUUAAACCAGAAAUGCAGUGCAUGGGCAUUGCUUGGUUUCAUUCGAUUCACGGGAGCAUACUAUAUGCUACUUGUCACCAAGAGGAGCCAAGUCGCCAUGCUAGGUGGCCACAAUGUCUACCAAAUUGACGAAACUGAACUGAUCCCGUUGACAACGUCGGUUGUGUCAAACGUGAAAACAGAGAGACAUUCAGACGAGGCACGCUACAUUGCGAUACUGAAUAACCUUGACUUGUCACGCUCCUUCUAUUUCAGUUAUUCUUACGACAUCACUCGCACACUCCAGGAUAACAUGUGUCGUGAUCGCAAGCUUUACCAGGAUGACCAACCACAGUCAUUCCGGCAUGAUUACCACCCGAUGUUCAUUUGGAACCACCACCUUCUUUCCCCUGCGGCUGGGGCACUCAAGAAUCCCUACGAGUGGUGUUUGCCGAUAAUUCAUGGGUAUGUGGAUCAGUCCAAGAUGAGUGUCUAUGGGCGACCAGUGUACAUCACAAUCAUCGCUCGCCGAUCUCGAUUCUUCGCCGGAGCACGUUUCCUCAAACGAGGCGCGAACGAUCUGGGAUACGUUGCCAACGACGUGGAGACCGAACAGAUUGUAUGUGAACAGACAACUACCUCAUUCCAUUCUGCGGGACCAAAGCUGCACGCCAAUCCUCAUUAUACCUCGUACGUUCAACACCGCGGGAGCAUUCCUCUCUAUUGGACGCAAGACAACUCGGGCGUCUCACCCAAGCCAGAUAUUCAACUCAAUCUCGUUGAUCCAUUCUACUCGGCUGCGGCGUUGCAUUUUGACAAUCUCUUUGAAAGAUAUGGCGCUCCAGUUUAUGUUCUGAAUCUCGUGAAAUCACGAGAACGAACCCCGCGAGAAUCAAUACUUCUCAAAGAGUUCACCAAUGCAGUGACUUACUUGAAUCAAUUUCUUCCCGAUGACAAAAAGCUCAUUUACAAGGCAUGGGAUAUGAGUCGCGCUGCGAAAAGCCGUGACCAGGAUGUGAUCGCAACCUUAGAGGACAUCGCAGGCGACAUCAUUCCCAAAACUGGCUUUUUCAAGAAUGGUGACGACGAAAGAUCUGGUUUACGACUUCAGAACGGUGUCGCAAGAACCAACUGUAUCGAUUGCCUCGAUCGGACGAAUGCUGCCCAGUUUGUCAUUGGAAAAAGAGCACUUGGCCAUCAGCUCCAUGCCCUUGGGGUCAUCAGCGACACAACGGUGGAAUACGACACCGAUGCUGUCAACCUCUUUACCAACAUGUGGCAUGACCAUGGUGACACUAUUGCCAUUCAGUACGGCGGAUCACAUCUGGUGAACACGAUGGCUACUUACCGCAAGAUUAAUCAGUGGAGCAGCCACUCUCGUGAUAUGGUAGAGAGUUUCAAAAGAUAUUACAACAACUCUUUCCUUGAUGCACAGCGCCAAGAAGCGUACAAUCUCUUUCUUGGAAACUACAUCUUUGCCCAGGGCACUCCGAUGCUUUGGGAUCUUCCUACCGACUACUACCUUCAUCACACCGAUCCAAGGAUCACGGCCAAAGGGAAAAGGAAGAAGCCCGACUAUAUCUCCUGGUACACCCCAGAAAACCUCAAACCCAGGGAAUUCCCGCCUCAGCCAUUACACCCCAAAGCGCCACUAUCACGCUUCGAUGACUACUGGCAGGAAUAUUACCGACCACAGGCCUAUUCCACCCUUCCAAAGGUCUUCUCCUGGAAAAUGAACUCUACCUCCCGCUAUCUACCUCCAGUCCGCCCAGGCCAUCCAGUCCCCGAUCUUAGCCCUUUCGUACCGCGCAUUCCCCCAGAGCAAAUCCAACAACGCAACGUCAGGAUACAAGAACCACUCAUCAGUCGCGACUCCAGCAGAAGCACUCGCACCUUAGCCAACACAACUCCAGACUCCGAAUCCGCCCCCAUCUUGACCCCUCAACCACCCUCAUCCUCAAGAAAUCCUCCUCCUACGGGCAUCAUCAAAGAGCCCACUUUCGAAGUUCACCAAGCAUCUCGCAUUCCCCCAAUAAACCCACCAAACUCUCAUUCCUCCCCCAGCAAGGCAGAAAUUGCUCAGUGGACUCUUGGCCAGCUGGUCAGCGACUCCUUGAACCCCUCUGUCACCGCCGCCGAGGCAGAAGAAUACGAGCGAUACAUCAACCACCCGCUCAAAGUCCCGCUUGUUGUCACUUCUGAGGCUGAAAUGACAGCCUCGUCGUUGCAGGACCAUGGCUACAAUCUCGAUCUUCUGGAGUAUACGAAGAAGUGCAAUGUAGAGGAGUCUGCGUUGGAGGCGAGGGCUGCGGCGAAUCAGGAUGCUUACACUGAAUUUUUGAGUGUCUCCGAGAACGGGAUUACUGUUGUCAAAGAGGAUUUUGAGAAGAAGAGGUACAAACGUUACGGUCAGUGGCUGCGAGGGAAGAGUCUUUUCAAACAGCGAGUUGAUAUGUGA